GGGCCCGCGCGCACAUCCCUGGGGAAAUACUUCGUCUUUGUAUCCUGACUCCUGAAAAAUGGUCAGACAAGAGAAGAAAAAUAUUUCAGCAGCUCUGCAGAUUUCAGGUUCGGUGUUGGGAACAUGAAGAAUAAAGCUAGAUCAGUGACUGCCUCGCUUUCACUCCAGUCGACUUAUGUGUGAACUUGAUACUUGCAGGUGUGGAAGGUCAAUACCUAGUGCACUAUCCGAGGGUGUGUUUCCCCAGUGAGCGCCAUAAUUACCACAAUAAAGUGAAGAGCAGCACGGACGCGCACGUAACUUCGUAAGCCGAUGGCCGCUGCCAGUCCCAAAGAAGGUAUUUUGCGCAUCGUCCUGCUGUAUCGCAUCGAUCGAAAUUCCUCACCCAGCGACUGGUCCCUCAGCAAGCAGCAUUUGGAAGAUGUUGGCAGUUGCAGAAACUCGGCUGCGGACCCAGAGACCGAGUGGUCGUCUGGAGGUGCAAAGCCCGCAGUGUGCCUUUUGCGACAGAUCGCUGGGCGUGUGCAGUUCGUCGGCAAGUACCGCAGUGGUCUGAAGGAGGGUUCCUUCUCCGCGUGGAGCGUGUUCCAGGAACUAGUCCGUCAGUUGCUCAAUCUGGAACGGACCAGCAGGCCGCUCUGCAUCUAUUCGCCUAAAAAGGUCCGUGCACGGGGCAGCGACGACAGGGAAAGCAAGUGCGCUCGUUCCGGACAACUCGCUUCCUCUGGCGGCACUGCAACAGCGAGUGAUGAGAGCAGCUCGUCGGUGACGGCGGCCACGACAGCAGCAGGUGAGGUCGUGCUACUUCGCAGCCUAUCGGACCUGCUAUCGCUGAGUGAUGCCACUGUGCUGCAAGUUGCUGUAUCCACUUCUCCGUUACGACGGCAUGUGAUGAAGGAGCUGGAGUGUGCUUUCGGUAUCACCCCACCACAGGAUCAACUCCGAAACCAGCAGGUGCAGAGUCCGCGAAGACGUUCGGAGCCGCUUUCAACUGCUCCACCUCCAUCAGCCACGUCCAGGCCGGAGGUAACUUCGACUUCGAGUUCGAGGUGCGCAACGCCACCAUCUGCUCCCAGAGGGGCCCAUGUAAGUCGUGUGGUUGGAUUGUUCGAGGCUGUCGCUGCGUCGGGCAGCUUGACCGAUGCGGGCACGAGCAGCGUCAUCAAUCGUGUGCCCCGUGUUAUCUGUGAUGUCAAUCGCAGUAGUGCAUUGAAUGGUUGUUCCCAGAGUGUAUCGUCGAUUCCUUCAAUCGCGGGCAACCACCAGCAGAACAAAACCUGUACAACGACGACAGAUGCGAAAGUGACGACCCACCGAAAUAUAGAAAGUGAGCGGAAAGACGCGACAUCGUCAGUACCCGUUUCCAGCUCCACAGCAAAUAAAAAGACUGCAAACAGUCCUAGUACUAGUAGUAUUCCGCGUUUGGUUGCACAAGAAGCACAUCGUGCUCUAGUUGGACUGCAGGUUAUCAUGAACAAACAGAAAUCGCCAACUGCAUCGCCGGAGCACGUGUCGGUGAACGAAAUGAAUGCAAAUCUCAAGGCUUCAUCCAAGUCCGAUGUUGGAUCACGUCGCGGAAGUGCGCCAGCCAGUGAUGCAGCGGAAAUAGUCACCAAAGCCGAAUCUACAGAAGACAGCAGCGGUGAGAGGUCGACAUUGUGUGCUGCCAACGACAAGACUGAGUCACGAGUAGAAGUGACUGUCGACUACCGGGCCAAAUCGAAGCGUAGCAUUCUACACCGUCGCAGCUUCCGCCAGAAGAAAGUGGAGAGGCGAAGUGUUCGCAGUGUCGGUGAUGCGGAAAUCUAUCGGCCACAGUCCAUGCAGAAAAUGCACUCCGUCGACGAAACACAGCUCGGCGGUCGGAAGGACAUCACAGCCGUCGCUGCGCCGGUGGUCGUCAAAGUGCGCGACAAAUCCCAGUUGUCGGCUGCAUCGUCAUCUUCAUCCUCCAGCAUUCCCUCACGUCGCUGGUCGAGCUACGUGGAAGGAAGAAAAUCAUCAACUCUGGACUCGCCCACAUCACCCGUUCAUUCUCCGCAUCCUCCAUGCGCAUUGAAGAUGCAAGCAUCGCCAGGGGAACCCGGCUGUGCUACGUUAACCUGGGGCGUACCACCAGCCCGCAGCAAAGCAGCCAAAGUCCUCGGUUACUCUGUAUUUCUGGACAGCGAGCUGGAGGUGACUACGGAGGGAGCAGACACAUGCGAAGUCCAGCUAGUGGAACUGGAGGAUGGCCGGACGUACAGUGUAACUGUCAAGUCGCGGGGAGCUGUGGAAGACUCACUGCCAUCAGCCAAACUCAAAUACACGUACCAUGAAGGCGGUCGCAGCAGCACCUGUGAGCCGAGUUCAAGUACCAGCCGUUCAGUGCAAGCUCCUGCUCCCAAGUCGCCGCUGCGUCCAGCGUCGAUGUGUUCACAGCACAGUCAGACAUCGGUCUUCUCCGCCGCGGUGGUCACCAACCGUGUCAGUGGCCAUGGUGGUGAGCAGCAGGGUGACACGCAGGAGGCAGAAGAGCCACAAACUGAGACCAUGGUAGCGCUGCAAAAGGAACUGCGCUCCCUGCUGACCCUGUCUGUUAGCGAGAGUACACGAGAGGAGGAUACCACUCCAGUGGUCCGCAGCUCCAGCAGCAACAGCAACACUAGUAGCAGUGGGAUAAGCGCUGGCAGUUGGAGCUCGUCUCCAAUGCAGGACACAGUCAUACACAACACGUCCCCAUCGCACCGUACUCACCUAUUGAACAACGCGUCCAAGAAGAGAAACACAUCGGUGCGCAGUGCAAGCCCAUUCUCUCCACUCGGAGGCAGAACGGACUCAACGUUGGAUGAAGUGAAGCAAGCACUCCGCCAGCGCCGAGCACCCCCACCGACAAUGGCAAAGCCUUCCCGUGCCGCAUCCGGCAAACGCUGGCCGCUGCGCUCCGAAAGCUGCAGCAGCGCCCUACCGCCGAGUGAGGGCCACGCUUUGCCGUCGUACUGUGGCCGUGUAUCUCCACUCAGCUUAGAAUGGGAUGAGUCAUACGGAAGCCACCUUUCUGCAACAGAAGUGGCCAAGCCAAAGAGGCGAGCCUUGUCUGUGGAGGGCGAGGAGCACCAUGGAAGCUGGGUGUGAAAUGGAGCUUGAUGAUGCCUGCACAGAGACUCGAUCCUGCAGGAGCUGGUCCAUGGCUGGUGGGCUUGCAUGCUCUACCAGCCCUGCCACGGGCGCCAUCAUCUGGACACGAUAACGUUUACACGAUUGCACUUCAGGCACGCCACAGCCCUACUGUAGUGUGUUGUUUGUGUGUACUGUGCAUGGCAUGUAUGAUUGUCACAAGUGUUACCCAAGAACACACUGCAUGCCUUGGCCUGCCACAAAGCCGAAUUUCUGUAUUGCAGUGCACACUUUGGCAAUUCAUCCGGACCAAUUCAGGGCUGCAGUUUGAUGCUUUUUACCGUUCACUUGCUGAUACGUGCGCCUGUUGACUAUCGGCAUAUACUUCAUUCAGAGAUGAAACACUUGUUGUUGCAUUCGUUAUGUUUGUUGAAGAAGAACCGGCAGCACGUUCAUUGACACAUCUCUUCGUUUAACCGGCUUACUGAUAUCUAUUGUGGACUAACAUCCAAAUUAAAUUUCCAUAUUAUUUUUCUGGAGCUAUCAACACUGAUGAAGUAUUUGUGGACUUUGGCCAAAACUCUUUACACAGCUUGGCUUUGACCAAUCGUUGACUUGUGUGACCUACUCUUCUUUUCCACUCCGGCUCUAUUUAUGCGUACAAGAAAAAUGCUUCCUUCUCGGGAGAUUUCAAGU